AACAAUAGUUUUAAAAUGGAAAUGGCGUGGAAGAUUUCUUCCAUGGGAACUUUUAUUCCACUAUUUUUUCCCUACAUUGCCCAGUGUGCACUAGUCAUAAUAAAUGAUCUAACAUUACACGACAACGACAAACUCGUAUGUUCCUAGCUGCUGGUAGAAUGUUUACUUAUCUUCUAGAGGAAAUAAAAAAGGGAAGCAGAAAAAAAACAUUAACUUUUCCCUCUUUCUUUUGCACAUUGAUAUUGUGUUUCCGUUCCAUACCGACAACGCUAUCACACGCUCCAGAUGCAAACUUCCAACGCCAGAAAUCAUUUCAUAUCACAAUACAAAUUACAUUCAUUCUUUAGCACAUUUUUCAUGUGUCAUUGUUUAGUUUUUUUUUUUCUUUCGCUCUCUCACAACUCGUUCCUUUCUCGAAAGUAUCUUCACGCUUAACGAUGUGCUCUGUAGCAAGCGAUCCCGUGGUACGCAAACAAAAUUUCAUUACUUCAUUAUAGCGAAAAUCGAUGCUUAAUGUGUCUGCUGUUCGCAAAGCUUUAGCAAACUUACUUUUAUUGCUACUUCCAGUUCAUGCCUCGGCGUACCUCGGCACGGAAUGCACUAAGCGAAUUUGGUUUGCUAAUGGUCAGGGUCGUGUUCGUAGACGAUCCGAGAAAAAGGGGAGAAAAGAUUUACCGAACCGGACAUUCUUUGCUGUUUUUUUUUUGGAAGAUUCUGAAGUUCCUAUCGGUACUUUGUACCAGGUUGUUUUACCAACCGGUCCCGGCAUGGGUUGAGAUCACGUAAGUACGCUAAAUAUCACUUUGAGAGCUUACGUGACCGUAAUUCCGAUUUGCGAUCUUAAACACGCAUACAGAUGCCAAGCACGAUAAGACGUCGGCGUUAAAGGUAACUUCUUUUCUUCUCUUCUUCAAAUGUUUUCACGUCAUACCCCACGUAACGGUUAGAGACUUACGCAUCAGAAUCUAACAAUCCUCCCACGGAUAGCAUCCGACCGUGUGUCGCUUUGGAUCGGAAAUUGAUUAACAACCGUGCACUAGAGGCAGGUAACAUAUUUUACUUUUCCCGACUCACCCAUGUGCGUAAGCGCUUAAAUGGGAUCCACCGUUCUUCUCGUCGAAUAAAAUGCGAUAAAAUGUGGCUCUUCUUCGUGGUUGGGUUUUGCGCGUGGUACCUACGUAAACGAACUCAACCCGAAAAUUUCCUAUCGAUAAAAUCGAUCGUGACCAGCCUUCGAAAACAGGUGUACCGAAGCCGCUUAAUCCACCGUAAACCCACCACACUAGCUACUUAUUAAACGCUAACAAAUUGAGCCGUCACAUCGACGAAGGUGUGCUUAACGAAUCUGCCGACUGCUUGCGAACAUUUGCCCAAUGUUUGCUUUUGCUUUCCCUCAUCUUAGGAGGCGGUACCACGCCAAACUGUCAGUAUACAUGUCAAAAGAAAAGCUUCUCUCCGAAGCAAAAAUCAUCUAAACAUUCUGGCAGACGAUGACUGGCGAUUAAGAAAAGGCAAUGGAUUCAACCGGACUGUCCGCCACAGAGAAAAUUACCCUCUUCAGUGCGUGGGGCUUAAUUCGCAAGGAAUUGGACGUGCAUGGGCGAAAUAUGCUGCUGCUUUUGUUCCACAAGUAUCCACACUACGUCUCGUACUUUGAUUUUACCGACGAUCCCAACGCCCAGUCACUCGUGGACAAUAAAUCGCUCUUCAGUCAAUCGAUACACGUCAUCAAAGCGUUCGGAUCGCUCAUCGAGUAUGGUCUCAAGGAUCCGGAUUUGUUUAAUGAGACGCUGAAAAAGAUUACACGAAUUCACGAGCAGCGCAACGUUUACUCUAAGGACAUUCUAACUAUUGGUGAAGUUCUGCUAGACUAUCUUGCCCAGGUGCUCGGGCGCCAAGUGUCCGAUUCGUUGCCCGAUGCUUUUCGGAAGCUUUUCGCAACCAUCGCUAGCAGGUUCCCUGUAGCACCGAACGACGAUGAUGAAGUAGAUGGAGCAAGCGCUAGAGAUACCUAAAGAUACAUCUUACCAUCAGUACCUGAGUGUAACCGGUAGCUCCAAUAAUAUACUAAACCUUUUUUCCUGAAUUCUAGGGAAUAAUUUACCGUUCGAUCGCUUAGACGCCGGCGGGCUAAAAACUAAAUUCAGUGCCAAUGUAUUUUAUUUUCUUUAGAUACCCCUCAACGAUGGAAGUGACUUCGCAAUUCUCCGAACGACGAGAAUUCAUUAGCUCCCGAAGAAAGCACCGCGAUGGAUGAGAUAGAGGACGCGGAAGAUGAAAUCUAGGAAAACCGAUUUCGGUGAAUCCGCUUCAAAAUGCUAACGAGCCAAUUUACGGCCGUAGGCAGAUUGUGUUGCGUGCACGAUGAAAAUUAAAAUAACAACCUCCCGCACCAAUCACUCAUUUCGUGGAAAGUAAAAUCGAUGUUUUGAUCGUGUGCGGGAAGAAGGCUGUUGGCUGAAGCAUGAAAACGAAGCCUUUAUUAAGGUGUGAAAACAAUCCAAAGUUGUCAAGCAUUUAAUGUAAGCAAAGUUGUAUACUUUCAGGCGUAUAUUGGAAGAAACAGGAUUAAAGUUAUGCAAAAACAUAGCAAAAUUACUUUAUGGCAUGUUUUUUUACUCAUUGUUUGUCCCUUUUACGCAAGUUUAUCACCUGGAAGGACCGGGAAAAGCUAUUAAAACUUUAGGAAACCAAAAUUUAUGGUUUUAUUAGCCAAUAACACCAGCAAUUGAAUUACAAUCUAGCUGUAGGUGUGCAGUGCGAAGGGAAAGAAUUUGCAAACCAACAAAGCGAUUCUAAAAGAGCUUCCCAGCGGAACAAUGUGAAAGAUUGCAACAUCGCAUUAUUUCAACGGAAGGACAGAGGAAAAAAAAAUCCAGAUGAACUGUUUCACCAGACCCAAUUAAAGUUGGAAACAAGAGCUCACUCAGUGUUUCUACCCGUUGAGGUAUGGUGGAACUGACCCACUGGAAAGUAUUACCUCACCCAAAGGAAUGGCAAGAAAACAAACUAAUAAUGAGAAGGAAAACAACUUGUCGUAACAAGAAUAAAAAAUGCAGGAAAAGGAUUUCCGCUAGGGGAAACUUUUGUGCGACGGAAGAAAAAUAUUUGCCCCUUUCAUUCUUUCUUCCCUUCUGCCUCUUUUGUAGAUUUACACUCAUGCCUGAUUCUUUUUUUCUUUUUUUUCCUCUUCUUUUUUAUCCAAUUGCUUGACGAUAUUUGAUGCGCUGAACGAUGAUUUAUGCCUUAAUUGGGGUCUUUGCGUGGUUUGAAAAGCAAUUUAUCAGAGCGCCCACAUUUCCCAGAACGAACUCCGAUUUCCCGCGCCCAAAGAUUCGGUUUCACAGAUAGCAGCGGUACACAUUACACGUUCGAUUGUGUGAAGUAAAUAUCGUGUGUGUGUUUGCGAUUAUACGUGUGAUCUUUCACUAGAUGACACCGUGCGUGGGUUAAUGAACUUUGCCAGACACGUUUUUGUGUUGAAUUGCUGUGGUUAGAGUUGGUGGCAAUUCGGAAGUGAUUGGAAUUUCAAUUAGUGAACGUGCGCUUUAUCGCGUCGGAAAUGGAAGGACACGAGGAAAUGCCAUUUCCCAAAUGGAAUUGUGCUUUCGACAUGCUUAAGUGGUUGUGGUUUUGAACAUCAUUCGACAUUAAGGAAUUAAUUGUGGCUAGAUUGUUAAACAUUGGCUGAAUUCACAAAGUAAAUAAUCAUUCAUAUUUUAGAUGAAAAUGAUUUUAUUUGAUAUUUAUUGAAAAACUUUGCUAAUAUUACUAAAGCAAUUUCAGCAAAGAAUUGAAUUUUUUUCUAUCUGAAGUUCUGCAUUUAAUUUUAUUUUUUCAACACAUUAGUUAACUGUGAAAAGUGUCAAAGUUAAUUGAUUUAUGUUUCCUUUCGUCAUCAAAAAUGUAUCCUUCUAAUCGCUUCAUUGUUACAACGACUCAACAACAUCACCGAUACAAGAUUAAUCAAUACCUUCUGGCCAACAAACUUUAUACAAGUUAAGAUAACGAAAACAACCUACCCUACUAACACAUCCACCCCUUUCAGCAUCAACUCCCUUCCAUGCCCGUGUAUAACCCACACGAGUGAGUGAAAAUUUCCCACGAAAAUUUGAAUCUCCAGCGUCAACAUUUUCACCACACCGAACCGAAACGUCCGAUAAAACUUCUCCAAACCACUUGUGUCAUCGUAACUUGUCUUGGGCAGAAUAUGUCACCGCUUUCUUGAACCACUCUUGAACUGAAACAAACGCCCCCGGGGGGACAAAACUUCACUUCGAGCGAGGUGUAAAAACUUAAAACCGGAAAACCAUCCUUUCACACUCCCGUACUCAUCCCGUCCCCGUUCAACGAUGCUGGUGAGCAAAAGUUUACUCCUUUGCUAGCUUUUUUACACUCAAUCUAACCGUUCUUCAUGGUCACACUCAUCAAGUGGAGAGGGUUUGGUCGCAUGCAAAAAAAAACAUCCAGAAAGUGGGCAAUCAUGACGUUGGAUUGUCGUUGUUGGUCACUUUAAAAGGGUGGAUGACAAAAGUUUGUGUUUUUCCUACCACUUUGCUCUUUCGUCAUGGAAAAAGAAAAUACUAUUACACCAACGGCGGAACCAUGCGAUGGAAAUAAUCCCUAUUUUUUGCCCCUUGUCUAUUUCCAUUCCGCCAGGCGUCAAAAAAGUAAGAUAAAAUUUAACAUAAUUUUCCGCAUGACACAUUCACCGCAACGCUGUGGUUGUGCAAUUUAAAACAAAAAAAAAUUGCAUCCUAUCGUGGCAUCUUUGCAUCGUGCGGAAAUGGUUCCCUCGGGAAGGGAAGGAAAAAAAACACCAGCCAAAAUUUGAAGCUGGUUUGAAGAUGUGCUUCCGCCUUCAUUUUCUGUCACUUUCAAUGACGCUUAAUUACUUAUGCAAACAAAAACCUUCCAGCAGAUCGGUUCAUUUUCCCCGUCCCGUUCCCCAAAUGUGCACGAUUGGCUAAAGUUGCCUCUGCGUGAUGUGCUGCUUUCAUUCUGAGCGGAGUUCACGCGAGAUGUCUUUACUCAUCAUUUUGGGGCGGCCGGUGGGUCGGUAGGAAAAGUUCGUUAACGCUCCAACGCCUUGCCGAAAUUUGCCUUCAAAGCUUUAAAUUUCUACACGUUUCAGGCAUGAUCAGCGUGGGAUCGGCAUGUUCGGAGGCGGUGGAAGAUAGAGAAAUUCCCAUCGAAAUAACUUGUCCAAAACUGGCAACGAAUGGUAAGCUUUUGCAUACCGGUAGCAUAAGCGCACUGGAUGGUUGUUAUGGUUACUUUUACAGCUGUGGCUUUGCAUUGGACCGAACUCAAUGAGCUAUAAAUUUGUCCGGAGGCUUAGUAGAAUGAUAUUGGAACGCUGUUUUUGGAGAGUGUUGUUUUCUUUUUCCAUUUGUUGCAGCAUUUUGUUUGUGAAAUAUGUACAUGCUAUAAAGAAGUAUAAAAGAAACCGUAAGAUAUUUGGACACAAAUGAAAAGUGAUGUGGAAAGCACAACAGAAAAGAUAAGUCUUGCAAUUUAUUUUCAGUUGGUAUAAUAUAUUAGAGGAU